AUGUAUUCAUAAGAAUCUAAAUGUCUCCAAGAUGAAGUAUCUCCAUCAAUCAGAGAUUUCAUAAUCAAUUUUCGAAAAUAACAAGCAUAACUUGAAAAACAAUAUGUUUAUCAACAAUCAAUAAAAAAAACUAUUCCUAUCAAAUCAAUAACCCAAUUGAAAUUAAAUAGAUAAUCAGUUGAUACUUAAACAGAUCUAACAGAGUAAUAAUAAUCUGAUACAUCUUUCAAAAGAAAUUCAUUGUAAAUCUCAUAAAGAUAAAAUUCAACAUAUUCUUAAUCAUACUUUACAACUAGAGAAGUAUAAUGUGAUGAUUAUAAAACAAAACCUAUUGAUGAUCUUACAUCAACAAGAGUUAACUUUAAUUAACUGCAUCAACACUAUUAAUCAAUUUAAUAAUCAGAAAGAACAACUUAAAAUACCUCUCAAUAAAUCCCUUUAAUUUAUAGAUCACCAUAAAAAAAUGAAAAUGAAAUCAAUUAUGAUUAAAUGACUGAAUAAAUUCUCAAUAAAGUUAUAUAAGAAUUAGAUAAAAGAAACACAGAAAUUAAUUAAUAUUAAUAAUAGUAAUCUAAUUCUAGAUCACUUUCUAAUUCAAAAAUGAACAAUUUAUCUAUUAAUAAUUAAACUGUAUCUUUAACUGUUAUACCAUAACCUAAAAAUGAAGAUGAUGAUUCCUUUUUAAAAUUCAUGUAAAUAUUAAUAAAUUUAUAUUCCCUUAGUUAAAUGACACUAGUUAAAAAGAAUAAAAUAUAUUAUGAAGAAUAAGAAAAUCAACCACCUUAGAAGAGUUCUGUUAUAUACUUCUAAAAUAUUCCAAAUACUAGAGAAAAACAUUCAAAAUCAUCAAUAAGUAAAUCAAGUUUUUCAGAAUCCUUAAAUUAGAAUAGUAAAUUUCAAAAUUAUAGAUAGGAGUAAUAAGGAAUUAAAGUAAUAACAAUAAAAAUAUGACUACAAAUAAAAAUGUAAUUAAUAAAUCAAAUGCACAUUAAAGAUUAUAUUAGGAUGCAUGUAUGAGAUAGGAGAGAAAAACUAUGUUUAAAAAAUCUAGAUAUUGA